GAGAGACGACGCGGCCAGACGAAAUUUUUUGCUUGCUUUGCGCUUCGUUUCAAUUUUAGUUCGUCGUAGAUUUCUGUGAGAAGUACCCGUGUAUCAUGUCUAUCGAAUAUAAACUUGGUGAUUUAGUUUGGGCUAAAAUGAAGGGUUUCAGCCCCUGGCCCGGCCGGGUAGCUGUGCCCACUGCUGAACUCAAGCCUCCUAAGAAGGCCAUUAAUGUUCAAUGCAUUUACUUCUUUGGCACUAACAACUAUGCCUGGAUAGAGACGAACAACAUCAAGCCGUACCAGGAGUUCAAGGAGCAGCUGAUCAAGUCGUGCAAGACCGCUGCCUUCAAGGAGGCCGUCGCGCAGAUCGAGGACUACAUGGUCAACCCUGAGAAAUACGGCGACAUCGACGGCCCGACGCGCGACACGGAGCAAGACUUCGACAACCUCAAGAACAUGAUGGAAGAGGAGCCAGAAGAACCGGCCGAGCAAGAGAACGAGGUCAAGAAGAAGGGGACGCCUAAGAUUCGUUUGGCCAUUUCAAAGGUGAAGCCAAUUAAGAGGUCGUCAUCAGCCGGAGUCAAGUCCGUUCCUCGGAAGAAGACCAAAAGCUCCAGUCUGAGUAAAUCCUUCACCGACAGCGACUUGGCAAUGGAGAAGCCUUCGAUGCUGAACCACUCGUUCUCGAAGAAGUCUAGCCUGUUGCAUCGCCCGUCGAAUAUUCUGCGGCCGGACACGCCCCCGCUAGACCUGGAGAACGUGUCGGAGACGCUGCUGGAGAAGAACAUCCAGGCCAGCCAGAUGACCUUCGGCUUCCUCGGCCUCGGCAUCAUGGGCAGCGGCAUCGUGAAGAACUUGUUGAACUCCGGCCACAAGGUGGUCGUCUGGAACCGCACUGCUGCUAAGUGCAAGGACUUCGAGAAGGUGGGCGCGACGAUCGCGGUGACGCCGUGCGACGUGGUGGAGGAGGCCGACAUCACCUUCUCGUGUGUUGCCGACCCGCAGGCCGCUAAGGAGAUGGUAUUCGGCAACUGCGGCGUCUUGCACUGCGCUUCCUUGGAACAGAAGGGCUACGUGGAGAUGACGUCCAUCGACGCGGACACGUCGCACGACAUCGUGGAGGCCGUCGGCGCCAAGGGCGGCCGCUACCUCGAGGCGCAGAUCCAGGGCUCGAAGACGCAGGCGGAGGAGGGCACGCUGAUCCUGCUGGCGGCGGGCGACCGCUCGCUGUUCGACGACUGCCAGAGCUGCUUCAAGGCCAUGAGCAAGAACUCCUUCUACCUAGGUAGCGACAUCGGCAACGCUUCCAAAAUGAACUCCGUUCUACAAGUAGUGGGCGGCGUGUCGCUAGCCGCUCUAGCCGAGGGGCUGGCGCUGGCGGACCGCGCCGGGCUCAGCCAGGCCGACCUGCUGGACGUGCUGGCGCUCACGCCGCUCGCCUCGCCGCAUCUCAUACUCAAGGGACGAGCAAUGAUCGAGUCCUCCUACUCCACCCACCAGCCGCUGACCCACAUGCAGAAGGACCUCAAGCUGGCCCUCGGGCUGGGCGACGCUCUCGAGCAGUCCCUCCCUCUCACGGCGACCACCAACGAGAUCUUCAAGCACGCCAAGCGCCUCGGCUACGCGAGCCACGACAUAUAAUUAAGUAAUUGAAAAACUAGAAAUAAAAAGGUCCAAAUAAUUAAGAAGAGAACAGAUAAAUGGUUCUUGGCAUUUCUCAUUAAAUAUCUUUUUGUGUUUUAAUAAAAUGUUUAUUUUAAGGACAACUUGUGUUAUGUGAACCCUGUUGAGGUCUGGCUUCGUUUCGAGUAAAUGACUGAUCAUUUCAGAUUUAAAUAUAAAGAUAAUAGUUACAAUUUA